AUGGGAGGCCACUCAUCCGGCAAUGCUGCCUACGAUGCCGCGUUACAGAGACGUCAAGCGCUCAUGGGCGCUAGUGGUGCAAGGGCGCUGGUGAAGAACUGGAAGGUGGCUCGGAUCGCCGCCUUCGCUUGUAUUGGAGGUGUUCUCUAUGGAUACAACCAGGGAAUGUUCUCUGGUAUUUUGGCGAUGCCUUCAUUCGAGAAGCAUAUGGACGGAUACACAAAGAACCCUACGCAAAAAGGUUGGCUGACGGCCAUUCUCGAACUCGGAGCUUGGGUGGGCGCAAUCUUGUCUGGCUUCAUCGCUGAGGUCUGCUCCCGAAAAUACGGCGUACUUAUCGCGACUGCCGUCUUCAUUCUGGGUGUCAUCGUUCAAAUCACCUCUAUCUCGGGAGGUCACGAGUCGAUUCUAGGAGGACGAUUCAUCACGGGUAUGGGAGUCGGAAGCUUGUCUAUGAUCGUGCCCCUUUACAACUCAGAAUGCGCGCCUCCGGAGGUCAGAGGUGCUCUCGUAGCUCUUCAGCAACUCGCCAUUACCUUCGGCAUCAUGAUCUCUUUCUGGAUUGAUUACGGAUGCAACUACAUCGGUGGAACAACAGAAGACACGCAAUCUGACGCAGCAUGGUUGGUUCCCAUCUGCCUACAGCUCGGACCAGCCGCCGUACUUUUAGUCGGAAUGAUCUGGAUGCCAUUUUCUCCACGUUGGCUGAUCCAUCACGGCCGAGAAGAGGAGGCGCGUCGAAACCUCGCCAACCUUCGUGAUCUGCCCGAAACCCACGAACUUAUCGAGCUCGAAUUCCUGGAAAUCAAAGCACAGUCUCUUUUUGAGAAGCGCAGCAUCGCGGAGCAUUUCCCUCAUCUCCAGGAACUGACAGCCUGGAAUACCUUUAAGCUCCAAUUCGUAGCAAUGAAGUCGUUGUUCACAACCAAGGCUAUGUUUAAGCGAGUCAUCGUCGCAACAGUCACGAUGUUCUUCCAACAGUGGACAGGUAUCAACGCUGUCCUCUACUAUGCGCCCCAAAUCUUUAGCCAGCUUGGUCUCAGCGCGACCACAACAAGUCUUCUGGCCACUGGAGUUGUCGGUGUCGUCAUGUUCAUCGCUACCAUUCCGGCCGUUCUGUGGAUCGACAGAGUAGGCCGCAAGCCGGUUCUGAGUAUCGGAGCUAUUGGAAUGGGAACAUGCCACAUCAUCAUCGCCGUCAUUCUUGCCAAGAACAUCGAUCGCUUUGACCAACAGCCUGCUGCUGGUUGGGCCGCCGUUGUGAUGGUUUGGCUUUUCGUUGUGCACUUUGGAUAUUCUUGGGGCCCUUGUGCCUGGAUCAUUAUCGCCGAAGUCUGGCCUUUGAGUACUCGUCCAUACGGAGUAUCUCUGGGUGCUUCCAGCAACUGGAUGAACAACUUCAUCGUCGGCCAAGUUACACCUGACAUGCUCGUCGGCAUUACUUACGGCACUUACAUUCUAUUCGGUCUACUGACCUAUCUUGGGGCUGCCUUCAUUUGGUUCUUCGUUCCGGAAACCAAGCGGUUGUCGCUUGAGGAGAUGGACCUUGUCUUCGGCUCCGAGGGCACUGCCCAAGCUGACUUCGAGCGUAUGGAGGAGAUCAAUACCGAAAUUGGUCUUACUGCAACUUUGGUCAAGAUGUCGGCGGUCUUUGACAUUAGCGACUCGACAAAGCUCGAAGACGACUUUUCGGUCAUCGAGCGUUUGGCCGAUGCAAUUCGCAUUGAGGAUGACAUCAAAGUCAGCCAGGAGGACCGCAACGCCAUUGUCCAGGACCUUUACGAAGGCCCAAGACAGUGUCAAUGCUGCAUCAACUGGAUGACGGAAUGUCCUCACGGCGUUGAUCUCACGGCUCUCGAGAAGGAGGAGGAGCCUGAGAAGGGCAACCCAAUCAUCGUCCGGCGUCGCGUCACACCCAGCAAAGCCGGAAGCCUGAUCUCGAUCCAUUCGAUUGAGAUCUGUCACGCAGCGACUCGCAAGGCUCUCAUCGACAUCUUCCAAUCGUACGACAGCAUCGUCCACAACAUCAAGUACCUCGCCUUCUUGGCCCCUUUUCACCAGUUCUUCUGGAACUGGGAGAAAUUCGAGAACGGCAUCACCGAAGAGAAGGACGAAGAAGUCAAGAAGAUUCUCCUUACGCUCAAAUGGCUGGUCAAACGUGAAUUGGCCGAGGCGUUCGCUGUCAGCAAAGAGCUUACCAGCCAUGGCGUCAUAACGUUCAAAUACCUUUGGACUAUCUUCCCCCCUGGAGAACUCAUCUACUCCGAUGACGAUGAAGAUGAACGGUUCUUCGUUGUUGAACAAAUCAACACAAAGCACGCGACCACCUACAGCCUCGUUCUCGGUUAUGUGAACUGCGACGGCAAAAGCUUCGGCAAGUCGGCUACGUCCCAACCCCUCUGGCAUUUCAGCGGUACCCGUCCCAUCGAUAGCUUGGUUGCCUUCCCCGCAAAGUAUUUGAAGAACUUGGAGGGAAUGAAGAGUAAACUCGUCGAGAGGGGCCGGAAAUUCGCCAGUCUUGCCGGGCAGCAUUACAAAAGCUACCGCCCACGCCACGAUACCCACUCAACCGCCGAGCUCCGCGUCAUGGUUGAUUCGGGCCACAGUGAGGGCCGUAGGAAGAAGCCAUCCGCCAUCACAGCCUUCUUCUCGUCUUCCUUUCCCGGCGAAGAAGCUUUCAUACAGAGAACAGGUCUGAUUGUUCAAGCGCCGAUCGACUCAACUCCCCCCGGAGGACACAUUCCUCUUAUGCCAGAGAGGGACGGACUCGAUCCGCGUAACCGGAGCGGACCAGGCCCAUUCAAGGACUGGUCGAACGAUGAUCCUGAACGACGACGCCAGCGUCCUCCCGGUCCUCUACCCCCGCCCCGCCCCAUGCCAGGCCCGAUGCCACAGCCCCCUGGUUGGGUGCCUUCUGGGGGGCCUCCACCACCACCACCACCAUUGGUGCGACGACGUCCGGCUCAGAUGAAAUAUCGUCAGCGCGCAAGCUCCACAUACAGCUCGAGCAGCGAAAGUGGCGACGAGUCUAUCGAAGAUGCGCGGAGCCGGCUUUCCGACCUCCUCCUGUCCUUGUGUGUCCCUUGGGUUAUGGGUUUUGACCUCAAGGCAAAAUGCUGGCGAUCCCUCGACGUCGACCGUAUCAGUGAUAUUGAGUGGAACAUGCAACCGUUCGAGAGCCUUGUGCUGCCCGAGGGCUAUAAAGAGCUCAUACUCGCAUUUGUUGAAAGUCAGGUGAAAGACAAGGACACCUUUGACGAUGUCAUCAACGGUAAAGGUGGUGGUCUCGUUGCCUUGCUGGCCGGCGAACCGGGCGUGGGCAAAACCCUUACUGCAGAGUCAGUGGCCGAAAAGAUCAAGGCUCCCCUGUUCAAAAUGGAGCUCGGCGAAUACAACGAGGAUGGCAGUAGCAGCGACAGUGACAGUGUUGUAGAUGACGACGUGCCUCGUCGCAACGGGAACCGAUACGAUAGGAACAGUCGCAACUACAAACACAAGAUCGGAGACUUCACCAAGGCGUUUGAGCUCGCCGCCCGGUGGGGUGCAGUCCUGCUCAUUGACGAGUGCGACACCUAUCUUGAACAACGUAGCGAUGGGUCAUCAAAGCGAAACAGACUGGUUUCCCGCUUCUUGAGAGAGCUGGAGUACUAUCCUUCGCUCCUGUUCCUCACGACCAACCGUGAGCGAUGCCUUGACCCGGCCGUGUACUCUCGCAUCCAUCUGACCAUCAACUACCCGGCCCUCGACGAACCUUCCAGACAGAAGAUCUGGGAGACCUUCUUGGAGAAGAACGGUUCCAGCAUGUCAGAUCUUGAACUCCUUUCCCUUGCCAAGAUUGAGGUCGACGGGCGACGUAUUCGCAACAUCGUGAAGACGUCUAGCAUCAUGGCUAAGCGGGAAGCCCGUCCCAUUAGGUUUGACGAUGUCAAGAAAGUCAUGAGAAUCACCGAAGGCAUGGAGAUCCAAGUCCUUCCCAAUUACUAG